AAACAAUAAUUUCAGUCAUAUUUUGUUCAAAAGUUUCAGCCAUCAAACAUACCAAAAUUCGUUGUUCACCAUGUUUUUCCAAAUUGAAAUCCAAACUUUCUAAAUAAUAAUUUCAUGUAGUCAAAGUAAGCUUACAAACGCUUCAAAAAGUAAAAGCUUAGCUCCAACUCUUCCUUCUUCAAUCGCCGGAACUGAUCGAAAUCCGACAUCGUUUUUCCCCCCCGAUCAUCAAUGCCACCACCACCUCCGCCGGCAGUUCACUCCCCGUCUCCCAACCAAUACACCCAACAAUUCUUAAGCAACGUUCUCUCCCAACGUGGCCCUUCUUCUCUCCCUUACUCCGAAGACGUCAAAUGGCUAAUCCGUCAACACCUCGUUUCCUUAACCGACACGUGUCCUUCUCUUCAACCCAAAACCGCUAUGUUCACUCACAACGACGGCCAUACCGUUGACCUCCUUCAAUCAGACGGCACCGUUCCGAUGGUCUAUCAAGACGUCACCUACAACAUCCCGGUGAUUAUCUGGUUAAUGGAGUCUUACCCUCGUCACGCGCCUUUGGUCUUCGUCAACCCCACCCGUGACAUGAUCAUCAAGCGCCAGCAUCCUUUCGUGAACUCUUCAGGUAUCGUUUCGAUCCCUUAUUUGAGUAAUUGGGUUUACCCAAGCUCUAAUCUCGUUGAUUUGGCUGGUAAUUUGAGUCAUUUCUUUAGCCGUGAUCCCCCUUUGUACUCCCAACGUCGCCCAAACCCAAACCCGAACCCCAAUCCAAACCCGAACCCGCAUCCCCCACCAGGUACUAGUUUUUCGAGUAGCGGGUCAACCCGACCUGCGAUACCUCCUCGAAUGUACCCGCCAUCGCCUUAUGGGAGUGGUGGUGGUGGUGGUGGGAUAGGGAGGAUAAUGGAUGAUCCGUCGGAGGUGUAUAAGAGGAAUGCAAUAGAUAACCUUGUGGGAAAAUUGCAUAGUGAUAUUGAAAGGUUGAGGAAGGUGAGGGAGGCGGAUAUGGAAGGGUUGUUUAGUGCACAAGGAGUGUUGAGGCGGCGAGAGAAGGAGUUGAGGAAAGGGGUUACGGAAAUGCUUGACGAAAGGGAGGGAUUAGAGCAGCAACUGCAAAUGGUUUUGAUGAAUACUGAUGUGUUAGAAGGGUGGGUUAGAGAUAACGAAGCGAAAUUAAAGAAAAUUGGGAAUGUUGAUGUGGAUGUGGACGAGGCGUUUGAGCCUUGUGAUAGUCUUUCGAAACAGAUGUCGGAUUGUACUGCCUCGGAUUUGGCUAUGGAGGAUGUGAUUUAUUCGUUGGAUAAAGCUAUACAGGAUGGGGCAAUUCCAUUUGAUCAGUACCUGAGGAACGUAAGGUUGUUGUCACGUGAGCAAUUCAUUCAUCGUGCCACGGCUUCGAAGGUUAGGGCCGCUCAAAUGCAGGCUCAAGUUGCUAGUAUGGCUUCUAGGAUAUCUCAAUAUGCAUUGUCAUAGAUGUUGAAUUACUUGGAAUUACGUGUGUACUGUUAGUAUUAUUUUUAAGGUAGAUUACUUGUGAAUAGUAUGUCAAUGCUUUAUUUCUGCACAAAGAGAUUUUGACACUACAUAAUGGCGUGGUUUUUUUUAAUGUUUUUCAUCGAUUGUAUCAGUUAGCAAAGAUAUAGAGCGAUUUAAGGGAUUUUCAUGAAUAAUUGAUAUCCCCAUUUAUUUAAUCUCUUUUCGAGUCUUUGCAAGUCUAAUUGGAAUUGGGACCAAUGAUUAGCUUAUGUCUUUA